AUGGUCGAGCACGCUGCACCCAGCGAGGAGGCGCCUCGAGCUGCACGCAGACGCCUGAGCUCGGGCAUGUUACGCAAAGAGCUGGACAUGCGGCUCACGGCGUACUUGCCGGCCGUCGUGCGUCGGCACCUCGAGCGCCAGGACUUGCACCGGCCGCUGGCCAUGCCCACGACCCACCGCAUGCGCGUCGUGAGUAUGUUUGCCGACGUGUCGGGCUUCACGUCGAUGACCGAGUCGCUUGCUGCGCGCGGUCCCGUUGGCGCCGAAGACCUCGCGAAGCACUUGAAUUCGUAUUUUGAGCAGCUCUUACGACUCGUCGCGAGUGCUGGGGGCGACGUGAUUAAGUUUGCAGGCGACGCGAUGCUGAUCUUCUGGCCCGAGAGCAAGGAAGACGCCAUGGACAGUCUCUUGCGUCGCGCUCUGCAGUGUGCCUUGCGCAUUCAGUCCCAUUUGCAUGCGGCCGAGCUCGCUCGUGGUGUCGUACUUAGUGUGAAAGUUGGCGUGGGCAUUGGGGAAGCCACGAUUGCUCAUCUAGGCGGCGAGAGUGACGGGGCUACUGCCCGCAUUGAAUAUGUUGCUGUUGGACCAGCUCUGGAGCAGGCGUUUGACGCCGAGCACCAGGCGGAAGCAGGCGACGUCAUUUGCUCGAGUGAGUGCUGGAAGCGCGUGAGCGACUGUUUCGAUGGCGCAGUUGUUGCAAGUCCGGGCUGUGAACAGGAGCACGGCAAUGCUUUUUAUAGGAUUACGGGCGUUCACAAACCAGUCAAGAUCUGCUCGCGGCGGCCAUCAUUCACGCGCCACGAAGCUCUGUUGCAUGAGCGCAUGAAGCAGUAUGUUUCUAGAGCAGUCUGGCCGUAUCUUGAUGCCCACGAUGAGUUUUGGGGCUCCGAGCUACGCGAUGUGACAGUGUUAUUCAUAAAUCUCGGCUUCAGUGAACAGGAUUUGGCUCAAAUGCUGGGGGCUAAAGAGCUCCAGCGGCUGCAAGAUGCUUUUGCUUGCGUACAGAAGUGCGUUUACGACUACGAAGGCACGAUCAAUAAGUUUCUCGUGGACGAUAAAGGCAGCACUGUCAUUGCUGCGUUCGGACUGCCACCUGUAACCCACGAAAACGAUCCCAUUCGUGGCAUCUUAGCCUCUCUGGCUAUCUGCGCUGCUCUUGGCAACACCGAUCUUAAAGCUUCCGUGGGAAUUACGACGGGCACAGCCUUGUGUGGAGUCGUUGGUCAUCAAGGAAACCGGCGAGAGUACACUGUGCUGGGUGAUGUUGUAAACCUCUCGGCGCGUCUGAUGCAACGUGCAAAAUCGGAAGGAGGUGGUGUUAUCACGGAUGCAUCCACAAAGAUCUAUAGUCAGGACGUGCUGCAUUUCGAAAAACGUCCCGAGAUUAUGGUCAAAGGCAAGAACGAGAGUAUCAAGAUACAUCGACCGUAUCCACGAAUGUCGAUUCUGCUCGAUUAUCACCUCACUUCUGCCAUUCAACACUCUUUCAGGAGGAGUGACGUCGUAUCGUCAAAAUCUGCAGCGAGGAUCAGUGGACGAACGGGGCGCGCCAACGCAUUGUCGAUCGUGAGUCGUGCUGCGCCAAUACUAAAUCUGAUGGAGAACAUGCACCGUGUACAAGUGCGUGAUGCUCAGCGAAGAUUGUCGUUACGUGCAGACCGGCAGUGUUUGGCGGCAGCAGAACUCGUCCAAAGUGAAAGCUAUGUGGAGGCUCGAACGGCAUUGAUGGAAAAGUGCUCGAACCUCAACUCGUUGGAGCCUGGUGGAGCGUUCGUGCUCGAGGGAGAAAUCGGCGUGGGCAAGACCGUGUUACUACGGUCGGCCCUUGGCAGCCCUGAAGCCGGGGAUUACCAAGUGUUGGUCGGUACAGCUUGCCCAUUUGCAACGAAAAACCCUUACGCAAUUUGGUCGGAGCUUAUCACCAGACGAGCCCAAGAACUGUCCGGGACUUACUGUAAUAGCAGUGUUUGUGCCAAGCAGCCUGACUCUCACCUCUCCCCGGACGUUGCCACCCCCGAAAGCUCCAAUAUUGCUGUACAGGCACCAAGUAGAGUAGACGUGAUGGAACGCCGAAAGUGUGUGGCCCAAUUUGUCAGGCAGAAAAUUCGCGAGGGUGCUGCGCGAAACACGACACUUGUACGACAUGUACCCUUACUGAAUGCAAUUUUGGACACGGAUUUUAAUGCCUAUCCUGACAUUGAUGACAGUGACGAAGCAGAUGAUGCGCAGGUUGAUCGCAGUUACCAUCUACAUUCUGGAGAGCCGUAUGAAACCCAGAGCGAGGGAGUGGAAACAAGGGAUGCAAAUGAGGAGCAAAACGGAAAUGGGAUGCGCACAGACGGACUCGCACUUGCUGGAGGCCCCGACACAAUUUUAAAUUUGAAGGACGGCGAGAUCGCCUCGUGGUUUUUUGGUCUCUUGGAGAAGGACUUAGCAGGAGAAAAGGGUUCUGGACCCUCACUGGUAUGCUCAGCGCGUGGCGACACUAGUGCGCGGGGUUUCCACGCAGACAGGCGAGAACGCGAGUGGAAACCCGCUGAUUUGGAUAUUAGCGGCGUUCUAUUGCUAUGUGCGCUGUAUGCCAUGUCACGUGAAAGAGCAACAGUGUUUUGUCUUGACAGUGCUAUGCACAUGGACGAGAAAUCGUGGGCUCUGGCCGCAAUCAUUGCUAAAUACUUUACAAACUGUCUGAUCGUGAUUGGAACACGGCCACCGAGUUUGGCUCUAGGUGAGCAUACCGAAAGUCUUUCGUUUCGUAAGCAGUUGCUUUUGCUGAAGCAAAUGGAGUCCUCAACAUGUGCUUCUCUGGAUACGCUUUGCAGCGAAGAAAUCGAGGUGCUUUCGCGACAGAUUCUGCAAGUGCCUGCUAUUCCGGACAAUCUUCUGGACAUACUUGUGUCACGUUCGCAAGGGAAUCCUCUCUUCUUACACGAAAUUAUUGCUGAGAUGCAGGAGCAACAAGUUAUACGAGUGGACGAAAAGAAAGGCGUUCGCCGAUGUGGACUGCAUGUUCAGGAACCUUGGGGUGAUAAGUCUAAGGCAAAAUUUUGCUUCGAUUGCCAUGCCAGCUUUUUGACUACGAAGAAAGACAAAGUUAAAGGAAAAGACAUCGAUAUGGGUUUCAGCGAGGAAGCUGUAAGGAAGACUAGGCAGCGGUGUCAAUGCUGCGGAUACGUCUUUUGCGCUGAGUGCACUCCAAAAGCAUGUCAAGCGAAACUUAUCGGAAAGUCGAGCGAGCCUGUGCGACACUGCCGCACAUGUUACACUCUUGCAUCGUCCCGUCGUCCUAGUGGUUCGAGUCUAAGUAUUGGAGCUGCUGUUGCGGUCAUCGGAGACAAACGGACGCGAAAGAAAAGCCGAUUGCGGUCUAUUUUCCAGCCCGGAAGCAGUGUUGACCAAGCUGUAACGUUAGCCACAUCACCGAAUUCUCCCGCCGCGUCGAAGGCUCGGACGCUUAUGAAUCGGGUCGCGCCCCACCCUCCUCGAACCGUCAAGAGCGUGCUCACUACGAUGCUUGAUCGGCUGACGGUCUCACAGCGCAUGCUAAUGAAAACGGCUAGUGCUAUUGGUCCUGUGUUUGACAAAGAGACCCUCCGUGGUACUUGUCCCAUCGAGGCUCAUCUGUCUCGAUUUUCACAAGAUCUCGAAGACCUGGAGCAAUUGGCCAUGAUUCGUCGAAUCGACCCAUUCAUUGGAGGCGUGCCUGCAUCGUCCAGGCCGAUCAAUGGAGCUAUCCUCACCAAUGGUCGAGCGUCAUCGUCACCCAACAGCCAUUUGAAAGUCAAGUUUGAGUUUAGUCACGGCUUCAUGUGUGGCGUCAUCCGCGAUCAAAUGCUUCGAGGCCAGCUAGACAAAUUGAGCGCACGUGUUGUUGAUCUCCGCGAGCAGCAACAAAAGCGGCUGCGUCACAACUUUUUUUCCAAGGCGAAUGGAAGUCUUUUUCGUCCACAGCAAUUGGUUGUACCAGCUUCAGGCGACGACGGUGAUGUUUGGCGAGCGCAUACUCCAAUGGCACAUCCUGGCAAUUCGCGAUCUCCAGUGUACAGUGAUGGGGGGCGGGAUCGCCUACUUGUCUGUUGUAGUCCGCACACGGGAAAUGAAAUAAACGGAUCACAGCAAGGUGUCAACACGAGCGACAUGGGUGUUGUUGCGUCUAGUUCAUCGGCCAAGCCGUCCACGACGAAGGUGCUCCACGACAGCGAAUAUGAAGACGAUUCAUCGCCAAUCAUGAGCCCGAGCAGCACAUUUUCCAUGUCUUGGUUCUCGUCCAACAGCACUCUUCGCGCACUGCCAACGUUCAUGCGGUUGAAGUCAAGCUAUGUGGUCGUCAAAAAGCACAGUAGCAUGUUCUCGCACCUGAAAUUGAAGGGACUCAAGAACACUCGACAAUGGAAGUCACGCUAUGCUGUGCUUCAAAACGCACGGUUGCUGCUGCAGUACGAAGAAAGCGACCCGAUCGCAGACAUCUCAGAAACAGCUGCACCACUCCAAGCUGGUAUUUCGCACGGCACAUCGCUCUCUCUCAAAGGCGCUAGAGUCUGUGCGUGUGACCCAGAGGUGGCCGGUAGAGCCAACUGCUUCCAAGUUGAGGUCUACGAGUGGAUGAAGCAGGGAAAUGUGUUCAGGGAUGAACGUCGUGCGUUCACUAUCGGGGUCGAAUGUGCGGACGAAGUCGAAAGCUGGAUCUAUAUGAUUCGCUUUGCCAUUGAAUCUCUUGAAAGCUGA